GAUAAGGAUAGGAGAAGCAGGAGAAGAGGAGUAGGAAAGGAGAAGAGGAGGAGUAAGAACGGAGGAGCAGGAAAGGAGGAGAGGAGGAGAAGGACAUGAGGAGUAGAAAAGGAGGAGGAGGAAACGUUCCGCACGCGUCCAAUAAGUAUCUCUCAGUAAAGCUGUUCCCACAGUAUAAGCCUUUAUGAUGAGUCUACGGUAAAAACCUGAGGCUGAUGUUAAGGCUCCCUCUACUGGCUGCUCCCGGAACUCCACCCUUCUUGUUUACGUUUCUAUUAGCAACAGUAAAGCUGUACCCGGCGGCUCGUGACCUGCUCUUUAUAUUUAUAUUAAAUAAAUCAGCAGUAUUUACACCCAGCAUGUCCCGAGCCCACGCUGAAAGCGUUAUUAAGAACAUAAUACGAGAAAUCGCCCAGCAGUGCGCGAGUAAAGGAGACGCCGUGUCUGAAACACUGGUAGCGUUUAUGGUGAAAGCUGUUGUUUUAGAUCCGGAUAAUCUCUUUAAUGUUGACAGGACUCUUACCAAGCAAGAUGUUCAAAAACUUAUUGAGCUGUGUGUGGGCAAACUGCUGGAGAAGGAAAGCCCUUCUUUGGACACCAUUAAAAUGCAGGUCUUUUUUGACAUGAACUACACAUCUCGACGUGAAUUUGUGGAGGAACACCAGAAGGUCCUGCAGGCACGUCUGCUCCCCUUGUGCCGCGAGAUCACUGACAGCCGGGCCAAGACCCGAGAGGACCUGGAAGGCCUUUACGACAAGAUAAUCAGCUAUGUGCUCCUUCGCUCGGGCCUGGGCUCAGCAACCCACAUCACCGCACGAGAGACCACAGCUGCACUGGAGAGUGUAUUUCCUCAGGUAGAGUUGGCCACCUUUAUGUCUCUGCUCAAAAAGGACAAAGAGCAGCAGCUGAAUGAGCUGACUAUGAUCGUCACAGGGAUUUUGCUUUUCAACAAAGACAGCGGCAAAGGAGGAGAGGGCAUCGAGGAUCUACCUGCCAUUCUCAAUGAGGCGCUGCCUGCUGCCAGCAGAGACAUAGAGAAUGAACUAGAGGGGACCCAGAAAUUAGCCUGGCAGUACACUGCCCUGCUUGAGAGCCUUACUGGAUCUGACAUUGACUCUGCAGUGCAUCCUAACCUGAUCAAAAAGGCUUUAUACAACGUACGCCAACAUGAAGCCUUCCUCAAACUCCUACUGGCUGAUGUGAUCCUCUGCGCAAAGCAAGUGGAGAUUUUACAGACUGAGCUCACAGCGAGGAUGGCGAUGUUAAAAGCUAUAGUUCACACCAAUACCGUCGUACCCACAUCACAAGUAUUUCCUCAUUUCACAGUGGUGGCAAAGCUGUGGGCUGGCCUGCAGGACGAGGUUCUGCUACUGAGCACGCUCAAUAACAUGGUGGUGAGUCUGAGGCCGUACCUGUCAGCCCAGGCUCAUUUGCUGGGGGCUGGUCCGCUGCAGCAGCUGUUGGAGGGAAUAACAAUCAAAACUGACCUGGAGAGACUUACGGAGAGUGGAGAGGACCGUAUCGACCCAGUUGAGAUGAAGUCGUGUGAAUGGUUUCUGCCUGAGACCACAGCAAACAUUGACAAGCUCCCGCUGCAGUACCGUGGUGUCUGUGGAUACACUCUGAUAAAAAAAGACGGACUUCUACUGCCAGGCAACCCAAACAUUGGAGUCCUGAAACACAAGGAGAAGUUUUACAGUUUCAGCUCCAGGCAGGCUGCGUUUGAAUUUGCCUCAAAAGCAGAUGAAUAUAUUGAGCUUGUGGCAGAGAGAGCGAAGAAAUCUCCAGAACUGAUUCAGCUGCUGGAGCUCCAUCAGCAGUUUGCCAGCGUCACUCCAUACUCUCAGAUGCAGUCAGGGGAGAGACUACUUGUGAAGCCCAUCACAAAAAGUGACAGCAGCACACAGACUGACACGCACCUGCUGGAGAGCAACAUUGUGAAGUCUUAUGAAUGGAAUGAGUGGGAGCUCAGGCGAAAGGCCAUCAAACUGGCAAAUCUGCGUGGUAAAGUAACCCGCUCGAUGCAGACCAACCUGAGCCACAUGAGGAGGCACAACACCACCCAGACCUUCCUCCCCAAAGACGCUGCUUGCCAGACGAAGAGGGAUGGCCACAGUAACGUCCCCAAACCCCAGGUCUACCUGGCUGGGCUGAGAGGAGGAGAGACUACAACCACCCAUAUGACCAAAGUCAACUUAACUAGAGCAGUAGAUGAAUAGAUAUGGAAUUCUAAACAAACUCUCCACUUAACAGAUAUGUUUCAAAUAGAAAUUACGACUCUAGUUAAUGUCGUGGUCGGUGUGGAUUAUUCAUUAAAAAUACUUAAUCAUA